AUGGCUCGUUUAAGCUUGUCCUUUCUGGCUCUCUGCUUCUUCUUGGCCCUCAUGGCCUCCGCCUUGCCCGCAAAGCGUGACAGCACCGAUCUAGACGCCUCCGAUGCCAUCCAAACCGCGUUCGAUGCUCUUCAGGCCAUGGACAACGUGAAGGAAAAUAUCAAGACCCAGACUGAGAAAAAGAAGGAUGAUGCCUCGGCGGCGAAGGCAGCCCAGACAGAAGACAGAACUGCCACGGCCGAGCCCGUGCCCAUGCCCGAGUCCGAGUCCGUCCCCUCGCCUUCGCCCUCAAGCACGGCCGCAGAGAAGCCCGCGCCUGCUGCCAGCAGCUCGGCCGCGGCCCCGGCGGGCAGUGCGCAUGCCUCGGAUAACUUCCUCUCCAAGGUGCCCAUCUUCGGGCCCCUUCUCGGCGGUGGGCAGGGUCUGGGAAGCAUUCUGUAA